AUGCACGUCCAAGACGGGGUGGGGCGUCUGCGGCGGUUUAAACGUAAAACGCCCCCCAUAGACUCGUGUGCUUCUCCUGGGGACACCGAUGUCAUCCAGGCCAUGGCCACCGCCCUUGUGCUGCUCGCAGGGGUCCUGAUACCCAGCUUGGGCGACGUCACAGCCGUGGAGAACAAACUGAACAUCGGGGACAGGUGUUCCCACCACACCGAGUGCCUCAGUGCCUGCUGCCUGCUGGACUUGGACAGAAGGGGCGCCUUCUGCUCCUCCAAGGCCGGAAGAGGCAUGUCGUGCUUGCCCCAGACCAGGGCGGCCAUCAAUUUCAUAUGUCCCUGCAGAAUGGGCUUGACAUGCACAUCAAAGGACAUGAUAUGCCCCCGCCGGUGCCACCUGAUUUAA